UUCUAGCACCGGAAGGAAUACAAUACAGGCAUCAUCGUCAUCAUCAGCAAAAGCUGAAGAGUCAAAGCCCCCGAGAGCCCUCGCCCCCUUCUUUCUCUCUCUAACAUCUAUUUCUCUCUCUAUAUCUAUAUCCAUGUAUGUAUACGAUUCGGUAAGUUAAAUCCCUAAUUCCUCCCAGGUACGACAUUUUUAUUCAAAUCUCACCCUCUUUCCAAUUUUCGUCAAAUUUCGCACCUUUUUUUAUAAUUUUCCCCAAAACCCUAGUUUUUCUUUCUGCUCGAAUAACCUCAUCUUGAACCCCUCUGAACUCGCGUACUCUAACGGAACGCAGAAUUAGAACUCAUUGUUUCAACCGAUUCAAUUUUGGUUAGGUUUUUUUGAUAUCAAAGGUCGGUAUAAGAUGAUUAGGAGCUACAACACCCCCAUCUCAUGGUAACGAGAUAAGAUACUAGCGGCAUUGACAAAUGAAUCCUAUAUUUGAGUUUGACUUGUAUAGCAUCUUGUAGCAGUUCGAUGUUGGAGGCAGUAUGCAGGUGAUAAUUUGGAGAAAUGCAAAGGUAUCAUUCUACAAGCUGCACUAGUGCAGUUAAUAACAGUGCAAUUGGUGGUGCGUCAGCUAGGGAUACAUCACGAGCUGAUUCGUCUUCACUGCCAUCUAACUUCUCCCUCAAUCAACGGAGGGCAUCACAGCUGACUCCUUAUAAGUUGAGGUGUGAAAAAGAACCUUUGAAUUCCAGACUUGGGCCACCUGACUUUCACCCACAGAGUCCAAAUUGCCCUGAAGAGACUCUUACCAGGGAAUAUGUGCAAUCUGGAUACAGGGAAACUGUUGAGGGACUUGAGGAAACUAGGGAGAUCUCGCUAUCCCAGGUUCAAAUUUUUACCAAGCCUGUUAUCGGAAAGUGCAAAGAGGCAAUCAGGAAACGUCACCGGGCCAUCAAUGAAUCUCGUGCUCAAAAGCGCAAGGCAGGUCAAGUUUAUGGAGUGCCGCUAUCUGGUCCACUAUUAACAAAGCCUGGAGUCUUUCCUGAGCAAAGGCCAUGUGGGGAAGACUUUCGGAGGAAAUGGAUUGAGGGUUUAUCCCAACCUCAUAAACGGUUACGUUAUUUGGCGGAUCACGUUCCUCAUGGCUACAGGAGGAAAUCCCUUUUUGAAGUUCUUAUCAGGAAUAAUGUUCCGUUACUAAGGGCAACUUGGUUUAUCAAAGUAACUUAUCUCAAUCAGGUUCGGCCUGGCUCCACUAAUUUAUCUUCAGGGGCACCAGACAAAACUCACUUUUCCCGCUCAGAGCAGUGGACAAAAGAUGUUAUUGAUUACUUGCAGUACCUCCUGGAUGAAUUUGUAUCAAAAACUACUCCUCAUUCUAAUGUACAUAUCAGGGAUCGAUCACAGCAAAUGGUUUAUGCUGGGUCGAUACAGCACAAGAGCGAUACAGCAUCAGCACUCCUUGAUAAUGAGGAGCCUUCUCUUCAUUUUAAAUGGUUGUAUGUGGUGCGGAUUUUACAAUGGCACCAUGCAGAGGGGCUGAUGCUUCCUUCUGUCAUUAUCGAUUGGGUUCUCAGUCAACUACAGGAAAAAGGAUCAAUUGGGACUUUGCAGUUGCUGUUGCCUAUUAUAUAUUGCGUCAUAGAAGCUGUGGUCUUGUCUCAGACCUAUGUGCGCGCUAUUGUGGCAAUAGCUGUUCGCUUCAUCCAGGAACCCUCUCCAGGUGGUUCUGAUCUUGUAGAUAAUUCCCGGAGAGCAUACACUACCUCAGCUCUUGUUGAGAUGCUUCGGUAUUUGAUAUUGGCUGUGCCUGAUACUUUUGUUGCGUUGGAUUGUUUUCCUCUGCCACCCUGUGUGGUAUCUCACGUGGUAAAUGAUGGAAGUUUUAUAUCUAAAGCAGACGAGGAUGCUGUAAAAAUGAAAAACGGUUUGGUGGAAGUUGGUACUUUGUUUAGAGAUAAAGGGCUUGAAGCUCAAUAUCAGUCCUUGUCCAUUGGUCAUGCUGUUUCGUCAAUCCAGAAACGUGCGGAUAAUCUUGCGAUGGCUGCGAGACCUGGUAAUCCAGGUCGCAAUAUGGCUAAAGCUGUACAGGAGUUGGACAAGGCUCUUAUACAGGGUGAUGUGAGAAUGGCAUAUAGAUUUCUCUUUGAUGAUCUUUGUGAUUGUGUUGAUGAAGGUUGGACAGCUGAAGUCAACCCUUGCUUAAGAUCAUCAAUGAAGUGGAUCGGGACAGUGACCUUGUCAUUUGUUUGUUCUGUAUUUUUCCUCUGUGAGUGGGCGACGUGUGAUUUCAGGGAUUUUCGGACUGCCCUCCCUCACGGCCUAAAAUUCACUGGCAGAAAAGAUUUUUCUCAAAUAUACAUUGCGAUUCGGCUUUUAAAGCUGACUAAAAGAGACAUGCAAAGUUCACUCCCAUGCAAGAACAAGAGUGUUCGCAGUGUCAAUAACUUUAUAAAUGGUCCUGGUCAGAUGAAUAAUUACUUUGGCUGGACUUCUAUGGGAAAUGAUUAUGUGUUAAAAAAUAAUUUGAAGAGUGUGGAUGGAAAAAAUAAAGAUUUGUCAGAUCUGUUUCAAAGCCCAGGCCCUUUACACGAUAUAGUAGUGUGUUGGAUAGAUCAACAUGAAGCUCAAAAUGGAGAAGGUUUCAAACGUCUUCAACUACUUAUUACUGAACUCACACGAUCUGGCAUUUUUUACCCUCAGGCAUACGUGCGGCAGCUGAUUGUUGGUGGAAUCAUAGAUAGGAAUGGACCUCUGGCAGACCUUGACAGAUGGAAGCGACACUGUAAAAUCUUGAAGCAGUUGCCUGGGCCAUAUGUUCGCGAUGCUCUGGAAGAAGCACGAAUCACUGAAGUGGCAAUACUUUCAGAGGUAAUUCAUGUCUAUUCAAAUGAACGUCGUCUAGUGCUUCGAGGGUUUCAUGAUCAUCAGAAAAGACCAAACAGUGCUAAUAGUUCAUCAAAGGAACAAAAGCAUCAUCCAACCUCCAUAUGGGAAGGUGCUUCCUCUGCGUCUGUUGACCAGUGGAAAACUCUUCCGUCAGCAUCCGCUUCAUUGUCUGGUAAAACUAUCUACAGAGGUGCUGACCUCGAAGAGCUAAAGGCUGCUAUUUCAGAAUUAUUGCAGCUCCCAAGCUCUUUUUCUACGCCAUCUGAUUCUGGACUUGAUGAGUCUCAAGGGAGUAUGAAGAGGCCUGUUAUGUCAACUAGCAACAAGACAGAUCUGGGAGAAGGAUCACCUGGGUGUGAAGAAUGUAAUAGGGUGAAGAGACAAAAAUUAAGUGAGGAGAAGAGCUCAUACCUUCAAGGAUAUUCACCUAAUCUAUCAGAUGAUGAAGAAAGCUGGUGGGUGAGGAAGGGGCCUAAAUCCUCAGAGUCUUUUAAAGCUGAUCCACCUCUUAAGCCAUCCAAGCAGGUCUCUAGGGGGAGGCAAAAGAUUGUGCGUAAAACUCAAAGUCUUGCUCAGUUAGCGGCUGCUAGGAUUGAAGGUAGCCAGGGAGCAUCAACUAGCCAUGUCUGUGAUAGUAGGAUAAGCUGCCCUCACCACAGAACAGGUUUUGAAGGGGAAGCUAAAACAGUGGAUGGUAUCAGGACAAACCACUGUGGAGAUAUUGUUUCGAUUGGGAGAAUUUUAAAGAAGCUCCGGUUUGUAGAAAAGAGGGUCAUCACAGUCUGGUUGAUAUCUGUAGUCAGGCAACUGGUUGAAGAAAAUGAAAAGACUGCUACCAAGGUCGGCCAGUAUAGUAGGCCUUUUCCUGCUGUCUCUGACAAGAGCUCUGUACGGUGGAAGCUUGGUGAAGAUGAGUUAUCUGCUUUACUGUAUUUGAUGGAUGUUUCUGAUGAUUUAGUUACAGCUGUCAGAUUUCUCCUUUGGUUGUUGCCUAAGAUUUUAAGUAGCCCCAAUUCUACAGUCAAUAGUGGGAGGACCAUGCUUAUGCUGCAAAGAAAUGUGGGAAGCCAAGUGUGCGAAGUCGGGGAGUCAUUUCUUUUGUCGUCUAUUCGGAGGUAUGAAAAUAUUCUUGUUGCGGCUGAUCUUAUUCCCGAAACCUUGUCAGCCGCAAUGCAACGUGCUGCCACCAUAAUGGCCUCUAAUGGGAGAGUUUCAGGUUCAGCAGCUUUUGUGUAUGCUCGGUAUCUGUUGAAAAAUUUUAGCAAUGUGGCUAGUGUUGUUGAUUGGGAGAAGAACUUCAAGACAACAUGUGAUAAAAGGCUUUUUUCUGAACUUGAAUCUAGAAGAUCACUGGACGGAGAGUUUGGGGUUCCACUAGGAGUUCCAGCAGGAGUUGAAGAUCUUGAUGAUUUUUUACGUCAAAAGAUAAGCGGUGCCCGAGUAUCUAGAGUGGGUUUGAACAUGAGAGAUUUAGUGCAAAGACAUGUUGAAGAAGCUUUUCAAAUUUUUUCUGGAAAGGAGAGAAAGCUUUUUGUGCCUGGUACAGUAAAAGGUCCUGCAUUGGAGAAAUGGGAUGAUGGGUAUCAAAUAGCUCAACAAAUAAUUAUGGGACUAAUGGACUGCAUUAGGCAAACAGGCGGUGCUGCCCAAGAAGGGGACCCCUCUUUGGUGUCCUCGGCUGUUUCUGCAAUUGUUAACAGCGUUGGGUUGUUUAUAGCAAAACCGUCCAGCACUGUCCCAUUGGAUUAUGCUCGGCGCAUUUUACGCAUUCAUAUAACUUGCCUAUGCCUACUUAAAGAAGCACUUGGAGAGCGUCAAAGCCGUGUCUUUGAGAUAGCUCUUGCCACGGAAGCUUCUUCUGCCCUUGCUCAAAUUGUUGCUCCUGUAAAGGCCCCUCGUACUCAGUUUCAACUGUCACCUGAAACCCAUGAUUCCAAUGCUAAGACUACAGCCGCUGUUUCUGCUCUUGUUGUUGGGGCUGUUCUUCAUGGAGUUGCUAGCCUGGAGAGAAUGGUAACUGUUUUCAGAUUAAAGGAAGGGAUAGAUGUAAUUCAGUUUAUGAGGAGUUCAAGAUCCAAUUCAAAUGGGAAUGCACGAUCAGUUGGGGGUUUUAAGGUAGAUAACUUGGUUGAGGUUUCUGUUAUAUGGUUUAGGGUGCUUGUUGGGAACUGCAGAACUAUUUCUGAUGGAUUUAUUGUGGAGCUUCUGGGAGAAGCUUCUAUAGUAGCAUUAUCAAGAAUGCAGCGAACGCUCCCUCUCUGCUUGGUCCUUCCACCUGCCUAUUCCAUAUUUGCAUUUGUCAUAUGGAGACGAUUCAUUCUCAACACUAACACUGUAACUCGUGAAGAUAUCAACCAACUGUAUCAGUCCUUAACAUUGGCCAUAGGUGAUGCCAUAAAGCACCUGCCUUUUCGUGAUGUGUGUUUGAGAGACACUCGUGGUUUUUAUGAUAUUGUAGUUGCAGAUGCCAAUGACUCUGAGUUUGCUACCAUGCUAGAAUUGAGUGCUCCAGACAUGCAUUUGAAAGCCAUGGCCUUUGUUCCCCUCCGUGCAAGGCUUUUUCUAAAUGCCAUCAUUGAUUGUAAAAUGCCACUCUCACUGUUUGCACAGGAUGAUGGGAAUCGGGUCUCUGGGCAGGGCGAGUCAAUGGUUCGUUAUGCAGACAAUGAGACAAAGCUUCUGGAUAAGCUUGUACAUGUUCUAGAUACCCUGCAACCUGCAAAAUUUCAUUGGCAAUGGAUCGAGCUCAGGCUUCUCCUAAACGAGCAAGCCCUCAUCGAAAAAUUAGAGGCCCAUGAUACCUCCUUAGCAGAUGCUGUAUGCUCUCUCUCCCCAAAUCUUGAUAAAGCCGCUGCUUCUGAGAACGAGAACAACUUUAUUGAAAUCAUUCUCACAAGAUUACUGGUCAGACCUGAUGCUGCUCCCCUCUUUGCAGAGGUCGUGCAUCUUUUUGGGAGGCCACUUGAGGAUUCAAUGUUGUUGCAAGCUAAAUGGUUCCUCGGAGGCCAGGAUGUUCUUUUUGGUCGGAAAUCCAUCAGGCAACGGCUUAUUAACAUUGCUGAGAGUAAGGGCCUGUCAACUAAGGCCCAGUUUCGGAAACCAUGGGGCUGGUGUUGUUCUAAUUUUGAUCUUUUGACAAACAAAGUGGACAAGUGCAAGUUUGAGGCCACCUCUCUUGAAGAAGGAGAAGUAGUUGAAGAUGGUACUGACAUAAAAAAUCAUGGAAGGGGAUCCACCCAAGUGCUGGAUGUCGAAGGCUUCAAUGUCAGUCAGCAGCAUGUAACUGAGAGGGCUCUUAUUGAAUUAGUUCUCCCUUGCAUAGAUCAAAGCUCGGAUGACUCUCGUAAUACCUUUGCAAGUGAUUUGAUCAAGCAGAUGAAUAAUAUUGAGCAGCAAAUGAAUGCAGUUACUCGUGGUGCAAGUAAGCAGGCUGGAGCAGUUACUUCUGGUAUUGAAGGUACUGGAAAUAAAGGCAAUAACCGUAAAGGUAUUAGAGGUGGCAGUCCUGGAUUAGCUAGACGACCAACAGGUGUGGUUGAUAUUGUUCCAGCUUCCCCUGCAGCAUUGCGAGCUUCCAUGUCAUUGCGAUUGCAGUUUCUUAUGAGAUUGCUUCCCGUCAUCUGUGCAGAUAGGGAACCAUCAAGCCGUAACAUGAGGCACUUAUUUGCCUCUGUAAUUCUCCGUCUCCUUGGAAGUAGGGUAGUGCAUGAGGAUGCAGACCAGUCCUUUUGUCUGACGAUGAGUUCUUUGUUAAAGAGGGAGGUGGAGUCAUCAACCGAAGCUUCUGCUGCUGCUUUGGUAGAUUUAUCUGGUGAAAGUCUCUUUGAUCGCUUACUGCUGGUGCUGCACGGGUUGCUGAGCUGCUACCGGCCAAGUUGGCUGAAGUCAAAGCCUAGCUCCAAGUUGACCACUGAAUGUACGAAGGACUUUCCUAUGUUUGAUCGUGAGGUAGCAGAGAGUUUGCAGAAUGAAUUGGAUCACAUGCAAUUGCCGGACGCUAUCCGGUGGCGUAUCCAAUCUGCAAUGCCAAUUCUUUUCCCUUCUGUCCGGUGGUCCAUCUCUUGCCAGCCGCCAUCUGUCUCACCUGCUGCCCUUGCUUCCCUUCAAUCAAGUAUCUCAAUUUCCGGAUUGAACCCGGGAAAUUCAAACCCAUCCCAGAGAAAUCCAGCUUCUUUGGUGCGAAAUGCCAAUAGUGUUGCAGGGAAGACGAAGACAUUGCCAAAACAUCAGGAUCUUGAUAUGGAGAUUGACCCAUGGACUCUCUUGGAGGAUGGAGCAGGAUCAGUUCCUUCAUCAAGUAACACUGCUGUGAUUAGCGGCGGUGACCAUGCUAAUCUAAGGGCAUCCAGUUGGCUUAAGGGGUGUGUAAGGGUGAGACGGACAGAUCUGGUAUACAUUGGAGCUGUGGAUGACGACAGCUGAUUAAAUUGAAUUUAUUCUUGGUUUGGUCCAGAAUCCUCCCCCUCCCCGCAUGCGUCGGUGGUGCUUGGCAAAAGGGAGCCUGCUGUCAAGGAGAGAAGAAAAGGGGGAGGUGGGAAACAUUCUUUGGGGGGAGGGCUGAGGUGGUUGCAAAAGAACGAUGAAGAUGGUCUCCAUCAGCCCAACCAUACAGGUCUCGGAGCCUUUUUGACUACUAACCUUCAUAUCACUCCUGUGUUUCUGGACCGUGCGCUUAGAAGGCGAGGUUAGGAGGGGUUUGUUGUACAUAUAGAGAUAAAUUGUUUUGCUUUUUUUGAACUGACUAAAAAUAUCAGUAUCUCAAGAUUGAUCUGUAGCUGUUGUUUCAUGCCCUCUCAUCAAUAUCUUGUUACAUUUUAAUAUCUCACCAGUUCAGGUGAAUUAAAGUAUCUCAAGAAUGAUCUGUAGCUGUUUAAUACUACUACUCAUCAACAUCUUGUUUAAUCUUAUUAUCUUCCAAAUUGAGAUGAGUAAAAUUUCUAAAGAAUGAUCUUGUAGCUGUUUGUUCAUCAA